AUGGACGGGAGUAACUUCUGUCUCCCUUGCUUCGAACGUGGCGUAUUAUGCCAGUCGCACCCGAAGAAUGGGCCGAAUGGCCCAACACCGCCCCGGUCCGCGGCAUCAUCGAUAACGGAGGAGACCGAAACACGCAGGAGCCCGGCAACGAGCCAUGAUAUCCGCCGCAGCCCUGAUUCAACCUGCCGGCAGUGCCAAAAGGGCAAGCUUAGAUGUGAUCGAAAACAGCCUUGCAGCGGUUGUGUUCGUACGGGUUCACGUUGUCGAAGUGCCUCGGCUGCCCCACCCCAAAUAUCCAAGAAAGAUCAUAUUAAGACGCUUCAAUCAAGGAUUGGUCAUAGUAGGAGCGAUUCAAUCGAGGUCAAUAAAGCCCUGAGGCGGAGUUGCGAAUCUUCAGCAAGCUCGGACCUUCAUGGCUCCAGUCUUGAUAGUCAUCGAGAGACCUUGUCUGUUGCUACGGACUACUUCACUUCAUUAUCUGACGCGGACUUGACCUACCCGGCACGAGCAGAUGUCCCAACUCAGACAUCCACUCCUGUAGAUUCCACCCCACUGCCUAUCAUCGCCAACGAUGCCUUCAACUACACGGACGUGCUUCCGACGUUGCCGGCUCAGGCGCUUGACACCUUUCGGGAUAUUGGGCCCUUAAUGAGAGCUGAUCUAUGCCUGUGUAUCUUGUCGCUGAACAUUGAAUGUAGUGACCAGCUCUACUUCGACAGAGUUCACUCAUUUACACCGUUCUUACACCAAUCCUCGUACAUUCGCAUAUCAAAGCAUUUGGAAAAGAGACCAACAAUGAACAGCCGCUCUACCUCGGACGAAUCCAAACUUUCACAUACAUGUCUACAGUACGCAAUGUGGGCGAUGGCGUCUUCACUGUCGUCGCAGUUUCAACAUUUGUGCGACACCAUGUAUCGCGAAGCCCUCGACCGCCUCGGGAAUCUUGACUCUCCUGGCAGUCCAAUGGAUAAAGAGGAGGUUUUAUUGAAGCAGACCCAGGCGUGGAUUCUCAUCUCGAUGUAUGAGCUGAUGGCAGUCGGUUUCCACCGCGCAUGGGUGAGUACGGGGCGAGCGAUACGCCUGAUACAGCUCCUGCGCCUGAGCAAUAUCGAUUCAAGUUGCUCCAAAGCCUCCGGAUCAGCCGAGGACCCAGAUUACUUUGUCGAGAAAGAGGAGAAGAGAAGGACGUUUUGGAUGGUAUUUUGUCUAGAUACUGUUAUUUGCUUGGCGCAUGAUCUGCCCCGGACGUUCACUGAAUCUGAGAUAUAUACUCGGCUUCCUUGCUCUGAAGACGCAUUUCAAAGCCGCACGCCCACCAUCUCUCUGUUUCUCUCAGAAGCUAUGGAGCUGCAGACAGCCGCAAAGCAACAUCCGUUCUUGGAAUUCAUUCUAUCCAUCUCAAUGUCCGAGCAGAUUCAAGUCCACAAGAAUCGAUCGAGGAUUGGGCAUGAAAGUGGGACGUCGCCUGCCCAAUUUUCGGAGCGCCACAUGUUUGUGGACUCCGUCCUCACGCGGCAGAUUUUCCGUCUGCAGGGCCUCUCCGUAUCACAUCGCGCUGGAUCUAUGACAUUACUUACUAGGAUAGUGGCCCAAGUAGCGUCACUAUCACUUCUGGAGGUGGCCGCAACCAUGCCGGAUACUACUGCAGAGUACCAUCAUCUCGUCGAUGGCUGUGAGGAAAGAGCUGUAGCAGCAGCUAGAGAGAUUGCACGCUUAUCGAGAAUUUUAUUAUCCGAUUUUAACAUUUGCCAGAUCCACCCAUUUACGCCAGCGCCAUUUCAUUCAUGUCGGAAAGCUCUGGUCAGGUUUCAGGAACGUGGCAUGGCGUUAGAAGAUGAGAUUAAGACGAUGAAUGAAGCUUUGGGGGAGUUGAAAGCUGCAAAUGGGUUUUGCCAAGGUAUCCCGAAGCCAGAGCCGCCUCAGUUUGGAUAUGAGGAUGCCUUGGCGACGCCUGACUCUCUCAUGGACCUGUUGAUUGAGGAACCGAGUAUGGGGGACUGA